AUGCUGACCUCGGCACUUGGGGGCGAACCCCAGGGCAAUUUCAACCCCGACGACCUCAGGGCGGAGAACGAAGAUGAUGACGGUCCCAUCACCGCCGAUGACAUCGACCAGCUCACUAGCAAGCUCACCAUCGACGAACAGCACAUCUCGGCCGGCCUAGAAGAAAAGACCCUGGGCGGCCUCAUCCGCGUUCUUAUGGUGCAGAUUUACUGGCGAGCAUCAGCCCUGUUCUCUACCACGUAUGUUGCAGUGCAGCCAUUGGUGAAGAAGUACACGAAGACCGCAAACGAGUACUUCAUCGACGAGGCGGGCUGUGCCACGAUCGCCGAGACGUCCAAUGUUGCAGCCACCAUUUCGGCUGGGCAUCGAUAUGCCAAGCGCACCGGUUUUCCACCUUCUCCCUCCCAUCCUGUCAACCCUCUGGCACGACAACACAUGCUGUCUUUGCUGAAGAAGCUCAUGCUGGACGGAUGUGAUCUCUCUUACGGCCAAACUUGUGAGGUGGAGAACCACGACCUCGGCCAGCGAUGCGAGGAUUGGGCAGUGCGCAAGCUCGGAGUCGAACGGAGCCCAGGCGGCAGCCUGCUGCCGUUGUUUGUCAACAUCCCUAGGACACGAGUCCAGUACACUGAGGUGUCCAAGUCGCGCUCGAAACCCCUCAUGCUGGAUGCGAUGAUCAGGAUCCUAAACCGGCUGAUCCAGGGCGCAAACCUUUCGCGCGGCGACAUUGCCAUUGUGACGCCAUACCAAGCCCAGCAAAACGAGAUCCUGGAGAAGAUGGGCGCCGAUGUCUCAGUCAUGGACAUCGACAACAAAGUACCCCUGACCACAGCGGACAGGGUACAAGGCAAUGAAAGACCGGUGGUGGUGCUCCUAGCUGUGAACACUUCGCAGAGUGGUGCAGGGUUCUUGUGGGACUCGAACCGCAUGAAUGUCAUCAGCACGAGAGCGUCUGAUUACUUUGUCGUUGUGGGAGACAUCCAGAUGGCCGCAAGAGAAGCGUCGGAGAGGACCAUGCAAUCAAGCGGUGGUUACAUUGACACGAGAGAUCUGGAGGCCUGGAUCCGGUACUUCGAGCGCAACCGCCGGGUGGUGGAGCAGUCGGAGGUGCAGUGGUUGAGCGAGGAUGACGCUAGUUUUGGUCCUGAGAGGUUCCAUGGAUCGCAGGAUAAUUAA